AUGAAAUCUGAUCCACCACCUCAACGCCCGUUUGAGUCCGUAAGGGCCGAUCUAUUUGAAUAUGGGGGUCGGUACUUCUUGGCGUUUGUUGACCGGUAUUCGGGAUGGCCUUGUUAUGAUUCCUACGGGAAGGCACCUUCCACUACUGAGGUAGUGAAGUCGCUGAAGACGAUCUUCACUCAAUAUGGUAUCCCGAUUAAAAUGCGAACUGAUGUCGGAUCACAGUUUGCAUCGACUGAAUUUAUGAAAUUUUGCCAUAAGGAGAAAGUCCACCUCAUGAUUAGCUCGGCGUUCUAUGCCCAAUCGAAUGGCCAUGCUGAGGCCGCCGUCAAGAUGCUCAAAGGCUUGGUAAAAAACAUUGGGUAUGUGGACGAUUGGACCGUGAGGCAUUUGAUGCUGCCUUUCUUGAAUGGAGGAAUGUUCCGCACGAGGAUGGACUGUCACCCGCCCAAUGGCUACUUGGCCACCGACUUCGAACCCGUGUUCCCGCACUUCAAUCGAGUUAUUUAG